CUGAGUUGCAUAGUUUACCACUUUCUAUACCUAUGGUGCUCCUCUCGCGCUGAAACUCCUCUGUUAUUGUAGACAGCAGUUCAAUGAUACCAUAUAAUAGCAAACAUAUAUCAAUACCUUAUAAUUUUCUUCUUUUUUGACAAAGUAUACUCCAUCAAGGGUCCAAUACAUAUCAAUGGUUCUAUUGGAGAAGAUGCCUUGUUUAUGUGGAAUACGACAGAUCGAAAAGAAAUCCUUUCUGUCAGCUGGGGAAUAAGAAAGGGCAACAUCCCUGAUCCUCAGUUUAUCAGUGUUAAUGGAUAUCAUAGAAGGGUGACCAAAAACAAAGAUAUUGGCGAAACGUUGAAAAGAAGAGUAGGAUUUAUUGGAAACUUGACAAUGGGUCGUGCUUGGUUUGUGUUGAAGAACCUUAUUGUCAAUGACACUAAUGAAUACAUUGCAAGCAUCAGUGACGAUGUAUCAAGAGUUCUACCAUAUUAUGUGCGCCUAAACGUUACAGAGAAGGAGAAAGUAACAACAACAGAAGGACCUUUUCUAACCCCAGUCACUACAGCUGCUGCUCCGAAUAUUACAAGUAAGGCUUUGAUAGCUUCAGCAUAAAC